CCUAUCCCGUCGGUCUUUGCGACAGGGGAGGUGGUAGGCGAGAAGUCCGGGUCAGGGUGGAAACUUAAGAGCUUCGAAAUUUCAACUUGUCGCUGAGUACUGUGGGGCUAAGGUUUCAAUUGCGGGAUAUAGUGAGCCGUCUUCUUCUUACUUCAACUUACCCUCGCAAACGUCUCCCUUUUUACUUGAGCCGACGCAGUAACAAGUUGAGACUUGGCCUGUGGCUGAGAUGAUCUGAGGGAGCGCGAGAGGGGCACACCAUGUUCGCUCCCCGUUGGGGCUGGGGGCUCGGCUCCCUCCAGCUCGGUCAGCUCCAAGUGUGGACCGCUGAAGCCGCGGGGCGUUGGGCUUGUCGGGCUUGCCAGACCCGGCUGUACGGUUCGGGUCCGGACGAGCGCUGGCCUGGGUCCGACCCCGAGGUCUCUGGGUUUGGCCCCGCAGGCCGGACUCUGAAGGAGUGGGCGCUGCUGGUGAGCCCGUUCGGUCGGCUGCGGGCGCGGCUCCCGUGCCACCUGUCCGUGAGGCCCCUGGACCCCCUUACCUACCCGGACGCCGACCGAGUGCUAGUUGCAGUGAGCGGAGUGGAGGGUGGGGCGCAGGACCCGGCCCGCCUGCAGGUGAAGUACGACGAGGCGCUGAAAGAGGUGGCCAUCGUGUCUGACACCAUUGAUCCCCAGGCGACGGUGGAGGUGAACGCACCCCUGAAGUUUGAUUUGAAUAUCAAGUCAUCAGGGUCUGGCUGUAUAAAAGUCCAAAAUAUUGAAUGUGAUAAUUGCAAAAUUGAAACUGAGCAUGGAACUAGCAUCUUACAGUCUGUUAAGAGUCAAAAAUUACAUGUUCAAACAAGAGGAGGCAAAGUGAUCUGUCUGGGAACAGUUUAUGGAAAUAUAGAUAUUUGUGCAUCAGAUAAAAGUACUGUGACCGUAGAUAAACUGCAGGGAAGUUCUGUUAAUAUAUCUACUGAAGAUGGUUUGCUGAAAGCCAAGUAUCUUUAUACGGAAUCAUCAUUUCUAUCUUCUGCUGCUGGGGAUAUUACAUUAGGAAGUGUUCAUGGUAAUAUAACAUUACAAAGCAAGAUGGGUAACAUCACAGUAGAUUCGUCCUCUGGAUGUCUAAAAGCCUCGACUCAUCAGGGUGCCUUAGAUGUUUAUGUCAGCCAACUGGGGAAAGUGGAAUUGAAAUCUCAUAAAGGCUCUAUUCUUGUCAAGGUCACAUCUUCUCUUCAAGCUCAUUUACAGUUAUCAGGAAAAGAGGUUGAUGUGAACUCAGAAGUCCAUGUUCAAGAAAUGGCUGAAGCUCAUAAAGAUGAUGGUAUAAUAAUUACUGGGCUCAUGAAUCAAGCAAACAAACAUGAAAAAUGGAUUAAGGCUGAUGCCCCAAAAGGCACUGUAAGUUUUAGAAGUCAAAGCUGGUUUCAGUCCUUGAAACUGCAGGACUGAGAAUGGUUUUUUAUUUAUAAUUUUUAGCAAUGAUUAAUAGAUCCAUGACUACAAAAAUGCAAAUAUCACUGUUCACAUAAAUAUCGAAAACAGAUCAAUAAAUUGGAAUGUGUACUAGUGAAGUGUCUUGUGAUAGGGGGGCUUUUCAAAAUUUAUACUUGGCUAUUGUAUUAGUUUCCUAUUGCUUUGUAACAAAUUACCAUAAACUAUCGACUUAAAAUAACACCUAUUUAUCAGCUCACAAUUCUGUAGGUCAGGAGCUCAGCAUGGCUGGAUCCUCUGCUGAGGGUAGCCACAAGGCUGGACUCCAGGUGUUGGCUGGGCCGAGUUCUCACCUGGAUGGCUCCAGGGAGAAAUCUGCUUCCGAGCUCAUUCAUAUUGUUGACAAAAUCCAGUUCCUUGUGACUGUAUGAAUGAAGUUUUCUUGUUGUCAAUAAGAGAUCACUCUAAACUUCUAGAGGCCACCCACAUCCCUUCUCAUGUGGCCCUCUCCAUCUUCAAGCCAGCAGUGAUGCAUUCAGUUCUUCUCACGCUUUGAAUAUCUGACCUCUUUUGCGACCAGCUGAAGAAAACUCUGCUAUUAAGGGGCUCACUGUAUUAGGUCAGGCCUAUCCAGGAUAAUCUUUGUUUUGCCAUGUAAGAUAAAUGUAAUUUUGAGAGUGAUAUCUGAUCAUAUUCAGUUUCCAUUCAUACUCAAGAGGAGGAGAUUAUAUAAAGACAAAGAUAAUGGUGGGGGUAGUUAUCUUAGAAUUUUUUGUACCAUAGCUCUCAUGUAACAUGUUUUCUACUUAGUAGUUACAACAUCAGUGUAAAUUUAAGCUUGAAUAAAACAAAUCAUUAAUGUGA